AUGAAUUACGACGGUGUGAACGACAGCAAAGUUGUUUCUAAGGUUGGAUACGUAUACGACAUGGCUUUGCAAUGCAACAAGAAAAACUUGUUCUACACCACGACUCUAACACCGUAUCCUGCUGUUUUGAAAUUAGGAAAAACUACACCCCAGCGACUACCGUUAAGAAAGUAUGGACCAAAGAUAUAUUACGGUGCUUGUUCCUAUUGUGACAAAUGCACAUGCAGUGACAGCAAUCCUUGCUCUGUAAACAAUGGUGGUUGCAGUCAUUUCUGCUUUGCCAAAAACCACUCACAGAAAGUUUGUGGUUGUCCACCAGGAUACAAAUUACCACGUCUCUUCUCCCGGAAGUGUGUAGCUGAGUCACCUCAACUGUUGGUGAGUAACACCACAAAAUUAGUUUCCUUGCUAACGGAUAGAAACGGAACCGUUCAAGGGAAACCUCGUUUUCUUCCAUUUGGUCGAUUAACUCGAGUGGUCGCAUUGGAUUACGUGACCACAGGAGGAUGUCAUUACAUCGUGUACACGGACGGUUCAACCGUCAAACGCAGGGCUAUGGACGGUAGCAAAGACACUACCAUUGCGAAUGGACUACAAGAUCCAAAAGGCAUUGCAACCGAUUGCGUCACGGGAAACAUUUACUACACGGACAUGAAGAAGGCUCUAAUAGCCGUAUCCAACAUUGAAGGAACAAGUCAGAUUGUUUGCUUGGAGUCUCCUCAAGUUAGCAAACCGCUCUCAUUAGCACUCAAUACAUUAAGAGGAGAAUUAUAUUUUUCUGAUCUCGAAGAAGAUGCGAUUUUCAGUUACUCCAUGGACUGCACUGGUCAUGCACGUUUCAUCGCUAACGCUCGUUCAGCUACAGGGUUAGCUAUUGAUGACAACGCACAAGUACUCUACUGGACUGAAUUCUAUCAUUCAAGAGUCAAAACAUUUAACAUUAAAAAUGGAGACGUAAGUGUGCUACCUACUAUUGACAGCAACUCCUAUUUGAGCAAGCCAUUUGGAUUAACGGUUGUUGGCAAUUAUUUGUUCUUUACCGCCUGGACUAAAGAAUGCAUCGGUAGGAUUUCCAAACAGGGGGGUAACGUCAGCGAAAUUUCUUGCAACAAAAAUUCAAAUCUGCACGGUAUCUCUCAAGUUCGUUUAGUCUGCCAUCCUCCAAGUGGUUCUUGUGGAUCCUGUAAGAGUCCUGAGUUGUGCAUGCUUUCUUCCGAAAGAGGAGGCUCGUUUAAAUGUGUUUGUCCCAGAGGCUUUGUCAAGUCUGACUCUGGAUGUAAACUGCCCGAUGAAGACUUCAUUCUCGUCUCUGCACGUCACUCAAUCAUGGCGCUUUCUUUGCAAGGUGCUGCUUCUUGGAUUGCCAAGCUGCCGUUACCUCCUCAGGAUAACAUCAUCGCGGUUGAAUACGACUACUAUCGUAAAACGGUAUUUUGGACGGAUGUUGGGACAAAGAAGAUCCAGUCUGCCAACUUGGAUGGUACGGAGGUAAACGUGCUGCUGUCUCACGAUUUGAAUAGAGAUCAAUGUCGAUUGUGUCACCCUGACGGGCUUGCUUAUGAUUGGGAGACUAGACGGUUGUAUUACACUGACUAUGCCUCUGGUGAGAUAUGCUCUAUUGGCGUUAAAAAUUACGAAAAGGAAACUCCAGAACGUGUGCUGAGUGGUCUUAACAGACCCAGAGCAAUUGACGUCGAUACUCGCAACAGCAUGAUCUAUUUCUCUGAAUGGGGAACGAUUCCACGAAUAUCUUCGUUAAUAAUCUCACGCGGAGGUGAAAACACAAACUAUCCCAAAGCUAUCAUCUCAUCCAAUGUAACGUGGCCAAACGCUUUAACUCUAAGUAGAGACGAAACAACGAUCUACUUUGGAGAUGCCAGUCAAGACUACCUAGCGUCUUACAACCCACUCACAAAAGUGACCUCACCCAUAGGCAGUACGCCUCACAUCUUUGGAAUCGAUCAAUAUAACGAUGUAAACGGCAAACAAUAUCUCUACUGGUCGGACUGGCAGUUGGGUGUUCUGAAGCAGUCUGUAAGUGGGGGGAAAGUUACACAGCUGGCAUCGACAAGUGAAGUCUACCGAGCUUCAGGCAUUAAAGUAUUUUCUAGACGUUCGUCUAUAAACGACGUAGUGAAUCAACUGACAUAACUAGCAAUUAUUGUUGAUGUUGGCAGCAUGUUUAACUUGCUGGUGUUUGAGAAUAUGUUAACAAUGUAUAAAGAUCGUAUAGA